GUUAUAUGGAAACAAACUGAGAAAAAUGAAUUCCUUCGAAGAUUUCAAUUUAGCUGCUUACCACCAAGUGUUGUUUCAAGAUAAUGCAGAUGAUCCUAUUGAAAGUGCUGAAAUCCAAAGGAAAUGUUUGGCUCAAACUUUGAAAUCCUCAUUUGCAAUUUUGGACAAUUCAAAUACCUGUUAUUUAUUGGAAUCAAGACUGAAAACAUACUCAGCCACUGUGAAUGGAAAUGGAGAAAAUAUAUAUGAGUCUCAGUUGAGAUCCCUUAUUGGGAAGUCAAGAAUAGAUCCAAUCAAUCUGAAUUCAAAUUUAGGUAAAAUAAAUCCAAAUUCUUUAUUGAAACCACUGCCUUGUUCUGGCAAAAAUAACUGCACCACUUCAGAAGACUUUGGUAACAUUGAAUUCCAAGAAUUCUGCCAAGCUUUCAGGACAAAAAGAAAUGUGACUCCAUCAAAUAAUGCUUCAAAAAAUGAAUCAAAAUGGCAAAGUUCAUCUAGGGAAUUUCAUAACCAAAAAGUAACUGAGGACAGUGCAGCUAACAAAAACUUUUCUACAUGUUUUAAGACUGCCAGGGAUGAGCUACAAAUACAAAACAUUAAAAAAUAUGGAAGCUGUCAGGCUCAGCAAAAUAGUUUACAAUUACAAUCAAGCAGUGUUGGCCAAAAGAGAAAACUGGGGUCCAGAAGGAAUAUCAACAGCAAAUUUGUUUCACCCUUAUUAUCAAAUGUUGAUAGUAAUGAAGACCUGAAGACCGAUGACUGGCCGUCCUCCGAAGUAAUCGACGACCGACUGAAGAACAUCGAUCCGAAGAUGGUCGAGCUCAUCCGAUCGGAGAUAAUGGACAGCGGCGCCGCGUUGCAUUGGGACGACAUCGCCGGCUUGUCGUUCGCCAAAUCGGCCAUCCAGGAGGCCGUGGUGUGGCCGAUGCUCAGGCCGGACAUAUUCACGGGGCUCAGACGGCCGCCGAAGGGGAUCCUGCUGUUCGGACCGCCCGGGACAGGGAAGACUCUGAUUGGAAAAUGCGUAGCCUCACAAAGCAAAUCGACUUUCUUCAGUAUAAGUGCCUCUUCUCUGACAUCCAAAUGGGUCGGCGAUGGAGAAAAGAUGGUUAGAGCCUUGUUUACGGUGGCACGAGUGCAUCAACCGGCAGUGAUAUUCAUCGACGAGGUGGACUCCCUGCUCUCUCAACGGAGCGACUCGGAGCAUGAGAGCUCGCGCAGGAUCAAAACCGAGUUCCUGGUGCAGCUGGACGGCGCCACCACCGACUCGGACGAGCGUCUGCUGGUCGUGGGGGCGACCAAUAGGCCGCAGGAGCUGGACGAGGCGGCUCGCAGGCGGUUCGUGAAGCGACUGUACAUCCCGUUGCCCGACCAAGAGGCUCGGUUGCAGCUGGUGACUCGCCUGAUGGCGAAGGAGCGCCACAGCCUCACUGUCUCCGACCUGGAAAAGAUCGCCUCGCUGUCUGCCGGCUAUUCGGGCGCCGAUCUGCGCAACGUGUGCGCUGAGGCGUCGCUCGGCCCCAUUCGGUCGAUCGACGCGGCGCUCAUCGAGCGCGUGAGGGCCGACGACGUGAGGCCGCUGGAGAUGAGGGACUUUGAGGGAGCGUUGGGAAGAGUGAGGUCGAGCGUGUCGCCGGCGGAUUUGGAGCGGUACGUCAGUUGGGACGGGACGUACGGGAGCGGGUUUUAAGGAAGGAUUUAUCGGAAGUGUUGUUUUUAAAUUAUCAUAUUGUGAGUCAUGCUCAAGGUUCGAAACUCUUCUUUGCAACGAUUUCCAAUGUUUUUCAUCAAGUUUCACAUACCUAUUAUAUAUUAUUUCGUGGGAACUAAAGUUUCAGACACUUUAACUUAAAAAGACAUUUUUGAUGGUGUACAAGAUAAUUCUUCACUAUUCGACAUGUUAAUACUUUUAUAGGUACUUUUUUAAUCUGUCUACAAUUUGAAUGUUUAGGCCUGUUCGUUUGUAUUGCUGAACUUGCCAAAGUAGAUUUUUUUCUCAUAGUUGUCUCUGUUCAUGGGAUAAUGUAACAGAGAAAGUCAUAGAAAAAAAUCAAGCUCAGCAGGUAGAGCAAACACAAACGAGCAGGCCUAAUAAAAUCGUUUUCCAUCGUGGAUGGUUCACUUGUAACUCGAAAAACACCGAAAAUACCUUACUUCGUUUUCGUCCUUGUAUGGGAUAUGUGAACGAAUCGUUUGAAAAUGGUGACAAAUGUGGUUAUUACUUAUCAGUUUUCAUCCACUUUUUGAAUGCCAAUAUGAAAUGUUAUCAGUAUUAUAAUAAAAAAUAGGUACAUUACAGGUUAUUACAUCGAAAUUAAAACUGAAACAUCUGUUACGAAAAUGUUCAGGUCUGUUAUUGAUCGAAAUAAAAAUGAGGUUUAUAUC